AUGAAGGUCAACCCAUUCGUCUCCUCCGAUUCCGGAAAGAGCCGUAAGGCCCACUUCAAUGCUCCAUCCCACGAGCGUAGACGCAUCAUGUCGUCUCCACUCACCAAGGAGCUCCGCACCAAGCACGGAAUCCGCGCCAUCCCAAUCAGAGUCGAUGAUGAGGUCGUCGUCAUGCGCGGACGUCAUAAGGGAAACACCGGACGUGUCCUCAGAUGCUACCGUAAGAAGUUCGUCGUCCACAUUGACAAGAUCACCCGUGAGAAGGCUAACGGAUCUACUGUGCACAUCGGAAUCCACCCUUCGAAGGUCGCUAUCACCAAGCUGAAGCUUGACAAGGAUCGCCGUGCCCUCGUUGAGCGCAAGGCCGCUGGACGCGCCCGCGUUACCGGAAUCCUCAAGGGAAAGCACACCGACGAGUCCGUCAACUAA